GAAUAAUCAAGUAUAUAGAGUAGUGCAGUGGCUCAUGAACUUCAUUCAUUCUUAUAGUUAUCGAUCUAUUCUGUUCAGGCAGCAGAAGAUAUAGUUAACAAAUCAUUGAUCAUAUAUAUAUACCAUCUGUGAAUUAAGCUUUGCUGCUAUGGAGGUCCAAAUACUGUCCAAGGAGUACAUCAAGCCCUCUUCCCCAACGCCUCCACACAUAAACACAUACAGAUUUUCCCUCUUGGAUCACGUAAUGCCUCCAGUUUAUGUUCCUAUGGUCUUGUUCUAUCCUCCUGUUUCACCUCUCAGUACUACUAGAAGUGAAAGAUCACAAGCACUAAAACAAUCUCUCUCGGAAACCCUGACUCGCUUUUACCCACUAGCUGGUAGAAUCAGAGACUACCUUUGCAUCGACUGCAACGACGAAGGAGCUUAUUACAUAGAGGCCGAUGUCAAGUCUCAUGACCUCUCGGAGUUUCUGCAGCAUCCUGACUUGUCAGUACUCCCUAAGCUUCUCCCAACUUUCAACAGUUUGCUUGAUUACACUGAUCUAAUUUCAAAUGCCACCACUGGCCUAGAAGGAGAAGGAGGAGCUGAUGUAGUCAUGAUCCAAGUGACUAACUUUGCCUGCGGCGGGUUUGUGAUUGGAGUGUUUGUUUCUCAUAUGAUUGUUGAUGGCAUUGCCAUCAGCAAUUUUCUUAAAGCUUGGGCUGCAGCCACUGCACAGAGUCUAUCAGGUCAGAGUGUUCAUGUAUUGCCUGAUUUUGAUGCUGCAACAUUGUUCCCUCCUAUUCUUGAUGAACAAGGUAAGAGCACACACCCAAGAGAAGCAACCAUGAGGGGAUUGUACAGGCGUUUUGCCAAGAGAGGAAGGUGUAUUACGAACAGAUUUGUGUUUGAGGCCUCAGCUGUGGCCAAACUUAAAGAGCAAGCAGCAACAUCAUCAUUACAAAAUCCAAGUCGGGUGGAGGCAGUGUCAGCAUUCAUCUGGAAAUGCGCCACGGCUGCUUGGAAGGCCAAGUCUGGUCAAUCUGCACCGAGUUUGAUAACCCACGCAGUGAAUUUGCGCCGAAGAGCUGAGCCGAAUUUUUCCCAAAAUUGUAUGGGGAAUUUUGUUUGUUUGGCAGGUGCAAUAGCAAAUGAUCAUCAGAGAGAACAGGAGUUAGAGUUGUCAAGCUUGGUGAGCAAGAUGAGGGAAGCAACAUCGAAAUUCAAUGGUGACUUGGUGGCCAAGCUCCAAGGUCAAGAUGGGUUAGCCACUAUUAGUAAGGUUUUCCAAGACAUGGCCGAGGCUAUCACACUAUCCACCAAUGGGGAUGAUCAGGUGGAGAUGAACUUUAUUGGGUAUACCAGCAUUGCCUACUCUGGAGUGUAUGAUGCCGAUUUCGGCUGGGGAAAGCCUCUGUGGGUCGUUCCAGUUCAUGAGCCCUGUCACGAGGCCUUUUCGGUCAAUGUGGUUCGUUUGAUGGAUACAGGAGAAUGGGGAAACAAUGGUUUUGAAGCUUGGAUUUCUCUAGCUGAAGAAGAAAUGGCAAUGUUGCAAAUCAAUCAGGACUUGCUUGCUUUUGCUUCUCUCAAUCCUAGUCCUCUCAGAUUAAGCCAAAAUACUGGGUCCUAGUUGAUCAUUUCAUCAUUUCCGUUUUGGCUUUGAGCCUUCUGCUGUUGAAGUUUGUAAAAUGGACUUGUAUGGUUCUACCUCACAAUAAUUCCUUUUGUACUAUCAUUUUCUUUGUCAAAACCGAGUGAAUAAAAUUUGGGGUGUGCGCUCGGUAGCCAUACCAGUAUUGAUUAAUAAACAAACUUGGCUAAUUGGCUAACUUGUUCUUCACUACCUUUGACACUAAUGAUAUAAUCAAAUGUAGCCAGUAAUCCCGAGUAUAGCGGAUCUUGUCCUCAACAGCCAUUAGAAAAAUCUUAAUAAAAUAAAAAAGAUAUGGAUCGAGAUCCACCUUUGCUUUUCUAUGAACCAAGCAGCUAAUUUUUAUUUUCUUUUGGUAUGAAUCAGCUAGCUAGGAAGUUACGGCAGCAUAUACAUACAGUUGAUAGUACUAUACUCCAUCUACUGAGCUGAAUAAGAUGAGAAUCAGCAUGGAUGUAAAAAUAAUUUCAAAAGAUCGAGUGCAUCAAGCCUUCUUGGCCGACACCCCAACACCUGAAAAUCCACAAUCUCCCUGUUGGACCAGCUCAUUCCUUCAAUCUAUGCAGUAUGUACCUCUUCUCCUCUUCUAUCUCCCCCACCGGAAUUCUAACAACGAACUUCUAAACAUUACCCGAAGAUCACAACUGCUAAAGCAAUCCCUCUCAGAAACCUUGACUAGCUUCUACCCACUUGCUGGAAGAAUCAGAGACAAUCUAUCUGUCGAUUGCAAUGACAAGGGAGUUCAUUGACAUGCCCUAUGUCUCAUUGCGCAGCCACUUCCUUCCAAGUGGUACUGCUAGUUUUGCUGAAGCAGCUGCAGGAACUCCCCUAGCUAUGAUCCAAGUCACCAACUUUCCAUGCGGCGGUUUUGUUGUUGCUUGUUGGUGUCUUUGUUUCACAUAUGGUUGUCGACGGAACUGCGCUGGUCUCCUUUCUUAGAGCUUGGGCCGCAACAAUCUUUCGUUAUCAAGCUCCUAAAUUUGCUCAUGAUACAUGUAAGCCUAAUUUUGACUCCCCAUUUGUGUUUUCUCAAAGUGAUGCAUUCCCACAAGAAGCAACUAUGAUGGCUUUCUGGAGCUGGUUUCUUAGAAUGGCCACACAGUCAAUCUGCGCCGAAGAGCUGUGCCACCAUUCUCAGAGAACUGUAUGGGAAAUUUUCUCUCCAUAGUUGCAAGCCUGCAACUGCAUUAUGCAGCAGCCCUCAAGAGUUAGAGCUGGGUAGCUUGGUAAGUCGAAUAAGGGAGGCACUAAAUUAACAAAUUUGAUGGUGAUUUUGUACAUAGUCUACAAUUGGCGAUGGAGGGCUUGCUAAACUCGUACGUUGAGCUUUCAAAAGAGACCGCGGUAGUACUUUCUCUAGUGCAGCAUCUGAUGGUGGCUUGGAUUACAUAUGUUUUAGCAGCUGGUGCAACUUUGGUCUAUAUAUAUGAUGUUGAUUUUGGGUGGGGAAAGCCUACGUACGUCGUGGGUUAUCUUGUGUUAAUGCAGAGUUGCAGACAAUGCUACACCCAUUUUCUUGAAUACAGUCCAGCUCUUCUAAAG